GAAGGUUAUAGAGAGGUUUCAAUCGUAGCGGGAAUAACAACAUAAAUGAACUUGAUUUUAAGACAAAAUAACACAAAAUAUUAAUGAGCAAGUUCAAAUUAUGCUAUAAUAUAUUGCUGAAUUUGUUAUUGUACAAUUUUUAAAUUUAAACCGGUAUUGCGCUAUUCAAAAUGCCGUUCGCCGCUGAUAUGGAUACUGAGAUUGACAAGACUGGAUUCAAACAUAUGAAAACGAAAGCGUUGACAAAGGCCGUAUGGCUCAAGUGGCAUGUCAACGAUUGCACAUUGGGCCCGAAUGCUCCUGAUCCGUCAGGAGGCAUUACCUCCAAAGAAACCCUGACGAUGCCUGACAAUUCCAUCUUCCAUUCAACGCCGAAAAAGAAUGAUGCGAUUGCAAAACAUUUGAGAAAUGUGAGCAAAAAUGAAAAAGAACAGACCGUCAUAAACGCUGCUACUCAAGAAGAUUUGUUUUGUUCGAAGAAUAUAUUCACUCAACUAGACCGCCUUUCGGUUAACGAAGCGCAACAAGCAAAAUUUGCAUUUCUCAGAAGAAUCGAAGAAUACAAGAAAAAGAGGGAUGAAGAGGUGGCACAGUUUAUUGCCAAGGAGGAAGCCAAAUGGCUCAAAAUUGAGCAGCAGAGGAUGGAACAACUGGCUGCUGAAAAAAUUAAAAUGAAAGAGACUUUGACUACCAACAAGAAUCAAGAAAGCGAUAAAGAGAAUACCAGUGAUCAAACCUAUUUAAAUAGUAAACAAGAUCCAAUAAAUACACAGGCAAACCCAGACACUGCGAAACUAAUAGAAGAGCAACGAAGGUUAGAGGAAAUUAGACAGCGCAAUUCAAGAUUUGAAGUUAUAUUUAAAAACCGAGAAAAAUUUAUGAUUUUGUACAAUUUGUUUUUAGAAAAGAUAAGCCACGAAGACCUGAAAUCAUUUCGAGCCGGUGAAAUGUCAAAUGCAAAAACUGCUAACGAAACGUUCAGCAAUCUUAUGACAAAAUGCAAGGGAGACACAAUUACUGACGAGGAUGUUGAAAAAUCUGAUAGCUUUGUUAAAAUACUUGAAAAUUUAUGCCAGAAAGCGGAGGAAGUCCUUGAGAAACAGAUAGAGUUGCGUCAAAAGAAGAUGGUGGAAGAAGAGGAAGAAAAACUGAUAAAAGCCGAGAAAGAAAAACAAGAUAAAGAGAAUACAGCCAAAAAACAAACGCUAAAUUGUUAUGAUCUAUACGAUUCCGUUCAAAAAUUCACAAAUGAGGUUGAAGUUAAGCUGAAAGAUUUUUUACUGGAUGAUUCGUUAAAAAAAUUUCGGAAUGAUUGUCAGAAAGCCGUGAAUAUACCAGUUAAUGCAAUUUCACCAUUGGAUGCCAAUCAUUUGAAUGACAAAUUGAAAAGACUCGUUACGCUGUUACAAGGGCAGACGGUCACAGUUUCAGAGAAGCGGAUCUCGGCUGGAACACACCCCCUGGGCGUUUUGUACUCUAUGUAUUUCUUAGCGAACAAGAUAGUGAAACAAGGCGAGCAUGUGGUUUCAAGUAAACCAGAAUCCUCGUUUGCCAUCGCAUCAGUCACGAUCGCAAUUUGGCUCGAGUUCCCUGAAUUCGGCAAACUCCUCUUGGCGCAAUUUUACAAAGUUUGCCCUUAUUUGAUACCCAAGUACUGGGACAAGAUGCCAGAUCAAACUGAAGAAGAGUAUUUCAAAAAAUUAGGUUUCCUUUAUUCAGGCGGGGAAAAAGAAGACAUAGAUAAAUUCCUUAAGCGCCAAGGUGGUGUUGUGAGACUGUACGCUGCAAUCAUCUUAUCACCUUUAAAGAAAUCUCUUAGUAAUAAGCCACAUCCGCUUCCUUUGAGUGAGGCUUGGAGGUGGACGGCAGCUUUCAUUUCUCUGAAGCCGAGAGCGUUUAUAAGUGCUACGCUGCUUUUGGACAUGUUGGACGUGACAGGAAACGCGAUGUUGGCCGCUUACGGCAAUCAAUAUCGUAAAAUGUUGCACUUCAUAUGUAAAAUGUACCUGCCUGAAAUUGAAAAGGUAACACCCAAAGGCAAUGGAGGGCCUGUGAUGAGAUUGAAAAGUUUCCUCGAAGGGAUAGUCCAAGGGAAAAAUAUCGCCCCGCCAAAAGGAUUGCUCGCUUCAAAUUUUUGGUGAAACAUUUUAACGAUUUUGUAAAUAAAUAAUUAUAAACUGUUG